UACGAUGUAAUUUGCCAAAAGGGCGAUUUGUGAGCCGCCUGCCUCUGCUGCUGCGAGGCUUUUCCAAUUACCGCCACUCGAAAUGAGAGGUUCGAAGUGUUCAAUCGACACACGCUUCUGAUUCUCUCUCAAUCGCUCCCAUUCCCUGCUUUUUCUUGCUUCGCCGGAGCCGAAGUUGGCGGCUUCUAGGGCUACUGAACGCUCCAAUUCCCAACCAUGGCGAUCGUCGGCGUUCUAGCUUUGCAGGGAUCUUUUAACGAGCACAUCGCAGCUUUGAGAAGGCUCGGAGUGAAGGGCGUAGAGAUAAGGAAGCCUGAGCAGCUUCUUAACGUAGCUUCUCUGAUUAUUCCUGGCGGGGAAAGCACCACCAUGGCCAAACUUGCGGAGCUCCAUAAUUUGUUUCCUGCUUUGCGAGAGUUUGUUAGAAUGGGGAAACCUGUAUGGGGCACCUGUGCAGGGCUCAUCUUUUUGGCAAACAAGGCUACUGGACAGAAAACUGGUGGGCAGGGACUUGUUGGAGGCCUGGAUUGUACUGUUCAUAGGAACUUCUUUGGCAGUCAGCUUCAAAGCUUUGAGACUGAGCUCUCGAUACCAGAGCUAGUGUCUUCUGAAGGUGGUCCGGAGACAUUUCGUGGAGUCUUCAUCCGAGCUCCUGCAAUUCUUGAUGUGGGCCCAGAAGUCCAAGUGCUAGCUCACUGCCCCGUCUCUUCAAACUCUAACUUGCAUUCAAAUUCCUCUGGUGAAGGCAAAGAGGAAAAAGAUUCAGAAAGGAAAGUGAUUGUAGCAGUGAGGCAAGGGAACUUGCUCGCAACUGCCUUCCAUCCUGAAUUAACAUCAGAUAAUAGAUGGCACAGUUACUUCCUGAAGAUGGUUGGCGAUGUUGAAGAAUCCUCAAGUAGCAUAGCAAGCAUAGGAGUUAACAAUUCGACAUUCGAAAGAUCGAAGACCGACCUUCCGAUUUUUAUUUAGUUUAAACCAAAUGAACCCCACCUCAACCCAAAGCUACACUUCCAAAGUUUCCGAUUUUUAUUUUGUUUAAUCUAUCUAUUCUGCAGUUUCCACCAUGUUUUAUCUUCCUUAUGUUAAGUUUACAUGGAGUUUAAUUUGAAAAUAUCCAUCUCCUUUUGACUGGAUUAAUCAUUGUUGGAAAAAAAAACUGCUGUGUAAAUAAUUCCAAGUUGUUGGGAUGCUAAGAAAUAGAAUUUAAUAUUUCCUAUUAUUUUGAA